AAUGUUUUUGUAUGCAUGAUGUACGUCAGUUCCUAGCAGGCGAUGUCAGAACUUCAUCAGAAAAGUUGAUAAAAAGAGUAUAAACAUUUAUAGUGUCUUCUAAAAUAGUGUAGUCGAGUAAAGAUGUCGGUGAAAAUCGGCCAGAGGGUUGAAAUUGCUGGCAAGGAUUGCCAGGGCGUUAUCGCCUAUGUUGGUCAUCCAGCUUUUGCUGCAGGCAAGUGGAUUGGUGUCAUUCUUGAUGAGCCAAAAGGGAGAAAUAAUGGCACCAUCAAAGGGCAGUUUUAUUUUAAGUGUCCUGACAAUCAUGGAAUGUUUGUGAGGCAAACUCAAUUAAUCAUGCUUGAUGAUGCUGGGAAUAGACAGGAUUCUGCAAGCCCAGCCUUAUCUGCUAGUGCUAGUGGUCAAACUACUCCAGAUGAAGUUGGAGCAUCAAGAGCAAGAAGUCGUCUAACAACUGCUGCAGUACGACAAAGGAAUCAACCAACAGCUGUUCGGAGAAAAACGUCACCAGCAAAAGUUAUACAACAUACAGAAAAACUUUCAGGCUCUAGAUUAUCGUUGAGUGGUAGCAGAACUCAAUUGAAGGCUCCUAGUACCGAAAACCUUAGCACAACUAGUGGCUAUGAACGUAAGGAUGCCGGAGAGUCUCACAUACCCGCACCGAUGACAGUGAUCAAACGAGCUUCUUUCAUCGAGAAAAAUCCUAGCACGAGUGCCGCUUCCAGCAAAAAAUCAAAGACGUCCGAAGAACACGACAAUACGGGCUUUGUAGAAAAUCUAAAGCCACAAUUCGUUCCUGGUCAGGCAAUAGGUCCAAGUGCAAUAUCCAACACGAUGGAAGAGAAACUUUCGCUUCUUCAAGCUCAGCAAGAAAAUGAUAAUCUGAAAGCACAAAUAAAGGAUUUGAACGAACGCAUCGAAGUGUUGCGCGUGAAGAGGAUGCAAGACAAAGACAAGAUGAAGGAGUUUGAAAAGGUUCGACUGCAGUGCGAGCAGCUCAUCGAAUUUAAAAAUAAAGUCAUGGAGACUCAGGCUUCUUUGCAAAGAGAUUUACAAAGGGCUCGUCAAGAGGCUCGAGACGCUCACGCGGCCCGCGAGCAAUAUCAGGAUGAAAUGGCUGAUUUGUCUGAAACCGUAGAAAUGGCUACGCUCGACAAGGAAAUGGCCGAGGAAAAGGCCGAAACUCUACAAAUUGAGCUCGAACAACUGAAAGAAAAGCUCGAGGAGCAAUCGUUGGAUCUGGAAAUUUUACGCAAUGAAAUGUCAGAAAAGAUGGGCAGCGGAGGUGUGAGAGAAAAUGCCACGAGUUUUGAAGUCAAACAAUUGGAGCAGCAAAAUACCAGGCUUCGCGAGACUCUUGUGAGAAUGCGAGAUUUAUCGGCUCACGAGAAACACGAGUUCCAAAAAUUACAAAAAGAUCUCGAGCAAAAGAAAUCGGAAAUUCUGGAGCUGAGCAGAACAAAAGAGAAGCUUUCCGCUCGAGUUGAGGAGAUGGAGCAUCAAAUAGCUGAUUUGCAGGAACAAGUGGAUGCUGCGAUGGGUGCCGAAGAGAUGAUCGAAGUUCUUGGAGAACGCAAGAUAGCUUUGGAGGAAAAAGUAGCUAAAUUAGAAGAGGAAGUAUCGGAUUUGGAGGCCCUUCAGGAUACGACGGAUCAAUUGCUCGAGUCAUCGAAGGAGCUCGAAUUGGAGUUACGCGAAGAAUUAGACAUGGCUCUCAGCGCAGCUCGAGAAGCACAGCGUCAGAGAGACGCGGCUCUGGAGACUCUAUCGGAUAGAGAAUUGACCAUUUCGAAAUUCCGCGAGCUCACCCAAAAACUGCAAGUCCAGUGCAUCGAAUUGCAAGAGAAAUUGCAAUCGACGGGUGGUGUGAAAGGACAGACCGGGCAGCAGCUCGCUGAAAUUUUAGAUUUCCAGAAGACGUUCGCCGAGAGUCGAGCGCAGACCAAAGCCGUCGACUUGGAGUUGAGGCGGCUGGAUGCCGAGGAGGCACGAGCCCACGUCAACUACUUGCUGUCGUUCAUGCCGCCGGCGUUCAUGAGUCGCGGCGGCGAUCACGAUGCCAUUUUGACGUUGCUCUUGAUUCCCAGGACGAUACAGAAAACCGAUAUCGUCGUCUCCCAGGUCAGAGACAAGUACAAACUCGUCGAGAAAGUCGACAGGGCGUCGGUGCUCAAAGGUCACGCGGUGGCGCAGGCGGCCUUCAGCUCCCGACUGGCCGCGCACAUGUACAGCUUGCAAACGUCGCUGGGCUGCUUCGAUUCGGCCCUCAAAGCCUGCAGCACGGAAAACUUAUUGAAAUUGGGAAGCGCGUAUCCGGAGAUAGCUGCCCAGGAGAAGGCCGUCGAUUCGUUGAUCGAGCUCGCGAAACGAGAUCAGCUCGAUGAGAAUCUCGCGAUGGAGGCUAUCGAGCGCUGCUGCGCCUACUUCUUCACCCUCUACGGCGUGUACUUCGGCGAAGAAGAUUUCGCCAAUCAAGCAAAGCUAGUUUACAAUGGGACUAAGUGCAUCGGCAGUGCUUGCGAAGCCAUACGAGUGGAGGCGGCAGCCCUAAAAACUCUCAUAGACGGCGAGCCAGGGGACAUGGGUCUACUGUGUCAACACAUCGAGCUGACCUGCAAUUCGAUCGAGCAAAAUUUGAAAUCAGCCAGAAGACGCGUUCCCCGCGACUCUCUGAACGCGUCGACUCCCAACGAGGCUCAUCUCGGCCUCGAGCAGCACUGGUUCGAGCAAAUACAGAACUGCUACGAUCACGCCGUAAAACUGAUGCGCACCCUGCACGAUCUCGUGAAAAGCACGCUCCAAGCUGUACAAAGUUCCGGAGCAUCCGUGGAGCAAGAGAAAGGUUUGAGCUCGCCGCGUAUGAAGGAAAUGGCUGCCGCAUCGACGGAAAAAGUCUACGAAUCCGACGACAUUGGUGCAAUCGCAACUAUAAAAGCCAGCCUCGGCGUGAUACAAAAAACCGCUUCCAAUCUGUCCGAGCGCAUGUCCGAGUGCGAAAACGAACUGGCAAUGAGCAGUACCUCGGCGUCGCAGAAGAAAUUAUCUAACGCGGAGGAAACGAGUCCUAUCUCCAUCAGAGCGCAGGCGGCUCGAAAAGAGCUCGAGGAAACGAAAAUUCUCACGAGAAAACUCGAGGCGAAAGACAGCGACAUACGCGAGUCCAAAUUGGCUCUUCGCGAGAAGCAAGAAGAGCUGUCUGAGAUGAUCUUGAGAAAAGAAUUGGCCGAAAAGCGCCUAGCGACGCAACAGCACGAGCACGAGCUAGCUAUCGAGAAACUCAAGAGAAACUUGGAGGAGGUGCAGACUCAAUUAAGAAGAAAGGAAAAAGAGUUCGAGGAAACGAUGGACCACUUGCAAACGGAUAUCGACAGUUUAGAAUCAGAAAGAGGUCAGCUGAAAGAAAAACUCAAAUCUAUUGGCAAAAAAGGAGGCGUUCCGUCGACUCCUGGAUCGGAAAAUCUACCGAGUUUCGCGUCUUCUGGUACACCCAUGCUCGAGGGUGCUCUGCACGAUAAGCUCGAAGCUCUACGGGAAGCUCUGCGCGACGAGUCUCGUCAAAAGCGAAAUUUACUCGCCGACAGUCUACAGCGGAAACUCAACGCUCUGCCGGUUUUGCCUAAACUGGACGUGAAACCCGACGACGAUCCCAAAGUCAAGGAACUCGUGGAAAAGAAAACUGAACUGCUCAGGGAGGCCAAAAAAUUGACGUUCUUCCCGGUUGUGCCAGACUUAACGCGAAAGAAACUGCUUCUUGCUACGGAUGAACCUAUACUAGAAAAAGCUUUGCCUGUCUAUCAAUUGCUAGAAAGGGAGCAAAAUCUUAGAAAUUUGAAGAACCGCGUCGACGAAUUGAGCAAUCAAGUCCGAGAAGAAACGAUAAAGCGUACUUUCGGAGGCCAGGCUGAGGCGGAGUUUGCCGUAUUUCCAUCGCGGCAUGUGGCGGCAGCUUUGAAAAAUUCCAAGGAACCUGUCACUGCUGAAAUUAUAAUACCGCGAAAGGGCCCGUCGCAAAUCAUAAACAUGCCCGUUGGUACUCAAGAACUGCGUAAAGUUCACAUGCUGUUAUCGUAUUAAAGCUCUAUAGAAUUGUAUUAUUGUACAGACUUACCGCAAGUAAUUAUUGCUAUUGUUUUGUCCACACUGGCAUAUCGACGACAUAAUUGCAUAAUUAGGUAAAUUUAAUUUCGCGUCAGUGUUUUUCACCCUGUUACGGAAAAGAUGAAUGAAAUGUUAUAAUAAUUAUAUAUAUAACUGAUGCAGUAUAAAAUUACACUUUCCCGAGAAUUAAAAUGUGUAAAUAGCUUAUAUAUUGAUGGAAUAAUAAGAAUGAACAACGCACAGAAUGCAGUUAAUGAA